AAUGGAGUGAAAUAUGUUGUGGCCAGAUCCAAUAGAAGAAUACAAAUAUGCUUCCAUCAGGUCCUAACCAUUGGUCACUCUAAGCCAAUCAACAACAUUAACAACUUCAUAGUCAUCCUUCCAUAGACAAAGAAACAAAGAUUUCCUGGUUCUAAAGGAAGACAAAGAAACAAAGAUUUCCUGGUUCUAAAGGAAGAUUUCAUCCUUACAGUCUGAAACUUAGUAGAAAACCUGAAAACAUGGCCGGAGUUUCCAUUCUGCCGGCGGAGGUAUUACUGUCAAAAAGAGUACAAGAGAUGGUUCUCAACGGCGAGGAGCCACCGGCACCAUAUAUUUGUAGAGAUGAUGAAGCUACUGAAGAGGAUUUUUCCCCAGUUUCUCCAAUACCUGUCAUUGAUCUAAGCCUCCUCAGUGAAAAAAAUGACGAAUUAGAGAAACUUAAAUCAGCUCUAUCUUCGUGGGGAUGUUUUCAGGCAAUAAAUCAUGGGAUUUCAAGUUCAUUCCUGAAUAAGAUUCGCCAGGUAACAAGGGAAUUCUUUGAACAGCCAAUGGAAGAGAAGAAGAAGAUCGCCAAAACUGUUGUGGAUUUUGAAGGGUAUGGGGCUGAUCCUGUCCCUGAAGAAGGCCAGUCACUUGACUGGUCUGAUCGUCUCUUUCUUGAUGUGUAUCCUGAAGAUCUAAGAAAGUUCAAAUUCUGGCCGGAAAACCCAAAACCUUUCAGGAACGUUUUAGAAGAGUACACAGAGAAGAUUAAGAAGGUAACAGAGCUCACUUCCAAAGCCAUGGCAAGGUCUCUGAAUCUGGAAGAGAAUUGCUUUUUGAAUCAGUUUGGUGAAAGAGGACCCUUGCAAGCAAGGUUUAACUACUACUCACUUUGUCAAAGGCCUGAUCGUGUUCUUGGCUUAAAACCCCAUGCAGAUGGAUCAGGAUAUACCAUUAUCUACCAAGAUGAACUAGGCCUUCAAGUCUUGAAAGAUGACAAAUGGCUCACAGUUCCCAACCUUUCUCAAGCUCUCCUAGUUCUUAUGGGUGAUCAAAUGGAGAUAAUGACCAAUGGAAUAUUCAAGAGUCCAGUGCACCGAGUACUGAGUAACGCGGAGAAGGACAGGAUCUCUGUGGCUGUCUUCUAUACACCCGAGGGAGGAAGAGAGAUUGGACCAGAAGAUGGGUUGGUCAGUGAGGAAAAGCCACAGAUAUUCAAGAAGGUGAAAGGUUAUGCAGAUAUUCACUUCGAAUAUUAUCAGAGAGGGAUGAGAGCACUCCACAUAGCACAAGUUUGAGCUCUCUUACUCUCCUCUCUCUAGUGGUCUUCCGAAAGUUCAGUGGACACCUACGUAAAACUAAAACAGAGUUUCUAGCACAAGUUUGAGAUCUCUUAACCUCCUUUGUAAUGGUCUUGAAUAUAGUUCAAUGGCUGUAAAACUUGGAAGGACAUUCUGCUCCAUUCUCUUUAUGGUGUCUUCAGCUGUGGUUUGUUUGUUUUAGUACUCAAACAUAAUAAUUCUCUAAUCAGUAGUCUUUGUAGCCUUGCCCUUUGUCCUACUGGUUGAAGCAUUUUAACCAUUGUUUCAAUUCAA